AUGGCAAUGCAGCACAAUCUGACAGAAUUUUUCAUGCUGGGACUGUCACAGAAGCCAGAGGUACAAAGAGUUCUCUUUGUAGUCUUUCUGGUUAUCUAUGUGACCACGGUGGGCAGCAACAUGAUCAUUGUGGUCACUGUCACCUUCAGCUCCAUGCUGGCUUCCCCCAUGUACUUCUUCCUGGCCAAUCUCUCCUUCAUCGACACCUGCUAUUCUUCCUCUCUGGCCCCUAAGCUCAUUGCUGACUGCUUGUAUGAGGGCACAGCCCUCUCCUACGAGGGCUGCAUGGCUCAGCUCUUUGGAGCCCACUUUUUGGGAGGUGCUGAGAUCAUCCUGCUGACGGUGAUGGCCUACGACCGCUACGUGGCCAUCUGCAAGCCCCUGCACUACACGGCCACCAUGACCAGGACCCUCUGUGCCGUGCUGGUGGCCCUGGCUUGGCUGGGGGGCUUCCUGCACUCGUUGGUUCAGCUCCUCCUGGUCCUUCGCUUGCCCUUCUGUGGGCCCAACGUGAUCGACCACUUCGUCUGUGACUUGUACCCUCUGCUGGAGCUGGCCUGCGCCGACACCUACGUCACGGGCCUGCUGGUGGCCGCCAACAGCGGGGUGAUCUGCCUGCUGAGCCUCCUCCUGCUGGCUGCCUCCUACGUUGUCAUCCUGCGCUCCUUGAGGUCCCACAGUGAGGAGGGGAGACGCAAAGCCCUGUCCACCUGCGGGGCCCACUUCACAGUGGUGGCCUUGUUCUUCGUGCCCUGUGUAUUUAUUUACAUGCGACCUUCGUCUACUUUCUCCACAGACAAGGCCAUGGCAGUUUUUUAUGGCAUUCUGACACCCAUGCUGAAUCCACUCAUUUAUACCCUGAGAAAUGAAGAGAUAAAAAAUGUCCUGAGAAAGCUCUGCGCAGGAUAA